AUGUUUUACAACACUUUGGAUGUAAUAAUGCUUCCAAUAGUUCAUGUUCAUAAUGCAGGAUUUAUUUAUUUAUCAACAAGUGCAUUCAGAUUUCGUCCGUUCGGAUUAAUAUUAGCAGUUUUACAAUCAGUCAGUCAAGGUUUUUGUUUCAUGUUGUUUUCAAUUCAUUUUUUAUAUCGGUUAAAAGUAGUGUCACCUCAAAGUUCGAAACUUGUCAAAUAUUGGAAGAUUUGGCCUGCGUCUAAUAUCAUACUGAUAAUAAUUUGGACAUAUUGUGCAACUUAUUUCGCGUUGCCUACUGAAUUUACAGAUGAUUAUUUCCAGGAAAAUGUUUUGGAAAUGUUUAAAAUAGAUAUCCGGAACUCGGGAUAUUAUGCAAUUAUUUACUAUUAUUUUGAUGAAGCCAGAGGAAAAAUAAGAAUUAAUGAACUGAGUUUGAUAUGUUUGAUUCUAGUUGGUUCAGUUUUUGUGAGUAGCACAUUAGCCUUAAUGUGUUUUUUAAUGUGCGCAUUUCAUCAGAUGAUGUCAAUGCUAGUGAUUUUCAUUUCGGGUUAUAAGCUUUACAAAAUUGUUCAUGAUGUGAAUUUGCUCAAAUCUACAUCAUCUCGAAACAUACACCGUGAACUGUUCUGGACUCUUAUUGUACAGUCUGCAACUCCGUUUCUACUUUUCUAUCUACCAACAUAUAUACUUCUUUUUGCUCCAGUUUUCCAAGUAAAAAUUGGUCUACUCGAAUAUAUCCAGCCAAUGUUUCUUUCAAUUUAUCCAAUACUGGAUUCACUCACAGUUAUUCUUUUUUACAGAGGUUUCCGAAAAGCUUUGAAAGGUUCAUUUCAUUUAAACAAAUGUCUAACAAAUUUAGUUUACCAUUUCAGAUAUAUUUUCAAAAUCAAGAGUUAGUCAAAAUUAA